AUGAAGCUUCCCGGGUUCGAAGGCCACCUCCAUCCGACGGGGGGCGGCGGUGGUAUCGGAGGAAUGACGUUGCCGGAAGCGCACCCGUUCCUCGGCGAUCAUCGAGCUGUCUGGAGGCUUGGCUGUAACUACCCUGAAUUUGGCGUGGACGAGGUUGGCCACUUGGUAGUGUUGAUGGUGGUCGGCGAGGACACAUUGGAUGGAAUAGCGUCGCAGCCAUGGUGCAGUGAGGAAUUCGAAGCGGCAGAGAAGGGAGCACAGAGGAAGAGGAGCAAGACCUUCACCUGCGGUGGGCUGCCCAAGUGCAGAGACGUAUACAUGGGAUCCACCCUCGGAGGGCUGGAAGCGAAUGAUUGGCAGAUCCCCGCGCCGCCUCCCUUCCGCCCCUUGACGCUGUCGUCCCUCACCCAACCCCAACACCUCCAGACAUCCCAUCCGCCAUCCAAGCUGACUGACAUCAACUCCCAAGUUUCGACUCAAUCUUCUUCAGACUUUGUUUCUCCACCGCCUCGACUAAGAGUUGGAAAUGGUUGCAGUUGCGUCCAAUGUGGAAAUACUCCAAACUUAUACCGCGAUUACCUACCCAUCCCGAGUGCCAUUUGGCUUGAAUUGUCGACGGGAGAAGCUUGCCAGACGGAAACACGGCGGUCACGAGGGCCAGACCACAUAGCAGUACGAGCGGUCUGGUUAUGGGAAAUGAUCCAAUUUAUCACGCUAUGGCAGAUCCGGAUCGACGUGUUUGUCAAUCCCAUUCCUUCAUUGACCGUUGGAAUGUGGAUUUCGAGCAACAAAGCAAUGCCGACCAUGCUUUGCAUCAAACUCCUGAACGCCUGCGUCCGCUUGCUUGCGGAUGUCUCCCACUACCACUCCCACUUUGUCGCUACCGCUCCCGCAGACACACCAAAAUCGCCUUCUCCAACAGGGUGCCCCCAGUCAUUGCGAACAGCACCGUUCCUCGACUCCAGAGAGAUCACACCACUUUCCGGGGCCUUACGGAUCUCCUCCGUUCCCACUGUUCCGUCGGCCUGGAUUCGCUUUCAAGACGACGACACGACAUCGCCGCCUACCUUAUUCAGCCUACCCGCCGGCUACCUAGGAUUCCUCAUUUUCCCGACUGGCUCACGCUGCGGUCCAUGUGUCGUUGUGAAACUUGGGACCAGCUGCUUCCAAGACAGAAGCUUGUUUUUCGUCUCCUCGUCGCCGUCUGGGACGAAAGUCUCCCAGACGAGCCCGCGCUUGGAUAGCAAGGCAUUGUUCGGCAUGUUCUCGCCCCCUCAGAGGUUUAUCUGGAGCCAAACUCACACAACCCGAAGAAUGUUGCUCACCCCCAGUCCACCCUACUUCGGAGUCUCGUCGAAAGAUGUCUACGGCGCGUCCUUUGACCUAGGCCUCGUGCUGCCUUACCUCGUGGCCAUUUCACAUCGGGGACCAUCCUUGACACCCUCACGAUGGCCCAUCGUUGCCGGCAACUCUACCCAAAGUUUGGGGGCAGCGGUGCUCAGACUAGAAUGA